AUGCUUUCUCUACGCACACUCAGCCGCACAGUGCCUCGCACUCUCUCGCGAUCCAUUGCUACCUCCUCCAGAUCCUCCAUUCUCCGCCCCGUCUCAAACCUCCCCAAGACUAGCUUCAUCCAACCUUCAUUGAAGCAGGCCAUUCGUCCAUCCCAAGCCGCCUUCUCAACGUGCAGGGCUUUCAGACAAGCUGAAGGCGACGCUGAGCUUGCUGCUAAACUUGAGGAUGAGUUGAAGCACGAGAAGUCUUCCGGUCUCGAGGACCUGGAGUCCUCUGUCCAGAACAUCCAGUAUGUUCUUCAGAACAACUCUUGGGAGGUCAAGGAUAUCCCCGGUGAGCAAGAGGUUGUCUUGUCGAAAAAGUUCAACAACGAGGAGAUCCGCCUUACGUUCACCGUUGCGGACCUCCAGAACCUAAGCGAGCACGACGACAUAGAUGCUCUCACCGAUGAGCUAGAUUAUCAGGGACACCAGCCCGUGAACCAGGGCAGCGGCAACUUCGCUCAGCACCCCGAGGACAGCGUCGCCCCCGCCGACCGUGAGAAUGGGGACCUCGAGCCUAGCUUCCCCGCCCGUGUCAACAUCACCAUCGAGAAGGACGGCAAGGGUGCCCUGCUCAUCCAGACCCUCGCUCAGGACGGUCUGUUCCAGGUUGAGGAAGUUUCUUACUUCAACAAGCCUGAUUUGGCUCAAGCUGCUACCGCCGAGAAGGACUGGGCCCGCCAGAGCCUGUACGCCGGUCCUCCUUUCGAGAACUUGGACGAGGACCUCCAGACCUACAUUGAGCGCUACCUUGAGGAGCGCGGCAUCAACGCCGAGCUUGCCAACAUGAUUCCCGACUACAUUCAGGUCAAGGAGCAGAAGGAGUACGUCCGCUGGCUCGAGAACGUCCGCAACUUCGUUUCUGCUUAA